GCGCCCUCUUGGACAGCUCCUACCCAACAAGCCUGAAGGACAUGGCCCAAGAGAGCAGUAUUUAAGCUGCUGUAUGUCCGGAAUUCGAUUCCGACAUUGCAUCAUCUUCAUCUUCUCCAGUAUCGCAGCUGUACUGCUUGGAAUCAUUCUUGCCCGACACAGCAGCAGCUCCCUUCCAAGCUUCCGCGUCUCACUCUCCACUGCAUCAUCAUUAAAACCAAUAACACCUGCAAACAUGGGCGGUGGACCUGCCACCGGCUACCGCUCGGUAGCCUACUUCGUGAACUGGGCCAUCUACGCCCGCAAGCACCGCCCGCAGGACCUGCCCGUCGAGAAACUGACCCACGUUCUCUAUGCGUUUGCCAACGUGCGGCCCGACUCGGGCGAGGUGUACAUGACGGACUCGUGGGCCGACACCGACAUCCACUGGGAGGGCGACAGCUGGAACGACACGGGCAAGAACCUGUACGGCUGUCUGAAGCAGCUGAACCUGCUGAAGCGGCGCAACCGCAAGCUCAAGGUGCUCCUGUCCGUCGGCGGGUGGACCUACAGCAGCAACUUCAGGCAGCCCGCCUCGACGCCCCAGGGCAGGUGCAAGUUUGCUUCGUCCGCCGUUGAACUGCUCUCCAACCUCGGCUUCGACGGCAUCGACAUCGACUGGGAGUACCCGCAAAACGCCUCCGAGGCGGCCGACUACGUGUCGCUGCUGGCCGAGGUGCGCUCCGCGCUGGACCGCUACGCUUUGACCGUCGACGCGGCGCACCCUCCCCACUUCGAGCUGACGGUCGCCUGCCCGGCGGGGACGCAGCACUACAGGACGCUGGACAUUUGCGGCAUGGACCGGUACCUCGACUUCUGGAACCUGAUGGCGUACGACUACGCCGGGUCGUGGGACAGCGUGGCGGGCCACCAGGCGAACCUGUUCCCCAGCAGGUCCAACACGGCCAGCACGCCGUUCAGCACCGACGCCGCAGUGCAGCACUACAUCGGCCAGGGCGUGGCGCCGGGCAAGAUCGUCGUGGGCAUGCCGCUGUACGGGCGGGCGUUCGAGGGCACCGACGGGCCGGGCCGGCCCUACUGCGGCGUCGGGGAGGGCACGUGGGAGAACGGCGUGCACGACUACAAGAGGCUGCCGCUGGAGGGCGCCGAGGUGCGGAUCGACGAGGAGGCGGUCGCGAGCUACUGCUACCAUCCCGGGCGCAGGGUGCUGGUGAGCUACGAUACGGUCGACAUUGCCAGGAGGAAGGCCGAAUACAUCAAGCAGCGGGGGCUGGGAGGAGGCAUGUGGUGGGAGAGCAGCGCUGACAAGGACGGCCCCGAGAGUCUGAUCGGGAACGUGGUGGAGGUGCUCGGCGGGCCGAACUGCCUCGAGUCGAGCGCGAACUGCAUCAGAUACCCGCACACCAAGUACGACAACUUACGGGAGGGCUUCCCCAACAAUUAGGUCGGAACGGGAACGCGGCUGGUUAAGAGCUAGCAGCUACCUGCACGGCGUAGUAACACAGCGCGGGAUGGCUGAACCCCUGCUCUGUCGUCGCAUCCCAAAACUGCAUUUCCUUGCCAGCGAGAGCCCGAAUAUGUCCACCUCUAAGGUACAUAAACGCCGAGUCGUGAAUAUCGUUUGCCCAUCGCAGACUCAUUGCAAUUCCGUUCCCGAACCCAAGCGGCCCAGCCCGGUCAUCGCCACCCCUCUAAGAGCUCUUCUCAAACACGUAGGUAAGGUGGCAGCGGCCGCAGUAUUGGCGGUCCUGCAUGGCAGCCAUGAAGACACCGGCACCGCACUA